GGGAACUUAGGGAAGCAGGAGGGGAAAGAAUCCGCCGCGCUGUUUGCGGUCGGCCGGCCCCUCUUGAGGGGCAGAAAUCUGGCCAGGGAAGGAGCCUGUCCGGGCGGAGAGGAGCGCCCUCCUGCCACGUGAGAGGCCGGCAGACGGAAGAAAGAACGAACGAGACACCCCUCGCCUGGCGCCUGAGGAAUGUGAAGCGGUAAAUAGAAUGGAUCCAUUAUCAGGUGCCAGAUCAAUUGAUGUUUGUGUGGAGGGGAUGACAUGCAAUUCUUGUGUACAGACUAUUGAGCAGCAUAUUGGAAAACUAAAUGGGGUUCACCAUAUUAAAGUUUCCCUGGAAAAUAAGAAUGCAGCCAUUAUUUAUAACCCCCAAAAGCAAACUCCAGAGUCACUGCAAGAAGCUAUAGAUGACAUGGGAUUUGAUGCUACACUUGCUAAUGCAAACUCUAAACCUGUUUUAUCAGACACCAUUUUUCUUACAAUACCAGCUCAAUCAGCAUUAACAUGUGAAGAAAUCCGUACCAACCUCCUGCAAACCAAGGGCAUCUUGGAUGUGAAAAGCUCUUCUGACAGAAAGUCUGUAGUUGUAACAUUUAUCUCCUCUAUUAUAAAUGGCAACCAGAUCAACCAAAUAGUGCCAGGAUUCAGUUCAGAGAAUGUAGUGCAUGAAAGAAAUCCUGGAAUGUCUGAAGAUCCAAAUUUAUUCCAAACAAGCGAUGUUGCGUUAAGGAUGAAAGUAGAGGGGAUGACCUGCCAUUCUUGCACUAGCACUAUUGAAGGAAAGAUUGGCAAACUGCAAGGUGUCACACGAAUUAAAGUCUCCCUGGACAAUCAGGAAGCUGUGGUGGUUUAUCAGCCUCAUCUCAUCACAUCGGAGGAAAUAAAAAACCAAAUAGAAGCUGCCGGUUUUAGGGCAUCAAUAAAGAAGCAGCCUAAGCCCCUCAAACUUGGUGCUAUUGAUGUAGAGCGGCUGAAGAACACACAAACCAAAUGCUCAGAAAAAGCUCCGCAAGACUCUCCAGAGUACACACAAUGUUUGAAGACCAUAACAUUCCGAGUUGAUGGCAUGCACUGCAAUUCAUGUGUCUUCAAUAUUCAAAGCAGCAUAUCAGCACUCCCUGCGGUAACUAGUAUAGUGGUUUCUUUAGAGGAAAAAUCUGCCAUUGUAAAGUACAAUCCCAGCCUAAUCAGCAUAAGUGCACUGAGAAGAGCCAUAGAAGUAGUAUCGCCAGAGACUUUUAAGGUCAGCCUUUUUGACGGACAUGAAAAUGCUGCACUUUUGAACACACCUAAAUCUCCGCUGAAAUCUCCAAGAGAUGUCAACAGCAUCAUGCACCAUCCCUUGACAUGCGUUACCGUGAUAAAUAUCGAAGGAAUGACCUGCAAUUCUUGUGUACAGUCAAUUGAGAGAGUAAUUUCCCAGAAGCCAGGAGUGAAGGCAGUACAUGUGUCUCUUCUGAACCAUAAUGGGACUAUAGAAUAUGACCCCAUGCAGACCUCUCCAGACGACUUAAGGAAUGGCAUUGAGGAUAUGGGUUUUGAUGCAUCCUUAACAGGACUCACAAGCACAGAACCUUUGGUGCUAAUAACUCAGCCCUCACAGGAAAGGCUGGCAGAAUCUCAGGAUAAUAAACACUUCAAAAUGGAAGCUCACUCCAACCUCUCCCCUGUCUUCAAUAAGCAGGAUGCCAAUGCACCUUCCAAGUGCUACAUUCAAGUCACUGGUAUGACGUGUGCUUCCUGUGUGGCGAACAUUGAAAGGAAUCUGAAGAGAGAAGAUGGAAUACACACUGUUCUUGUUGCUCUAAUGGCUGGGAAGGCAGAAGUGAGGUAUAAUCCUUCCAUCAUCCAGCCAUCAGCUGUAGCGGAAUUGAUUAGGGAGCUGGGAUUUGGAGCUACAGUUCUGGAGAACUAUGAUGAAGGAGAUGGCAUCCUGGAACUUGUCGUGAGGGGAAUGACAUGUGCCUCAUGUGUUCAUAAAAUAGAAUCCACACUUAUGAAGACAAAAGGGAUUCUGUAUAGCUCUGUAGCACUUGCAACAAAUAAAGCACAUAUUAAGUAUGAUCCUGAGAUAGUUGGCCCAAGAGAUAUUAUACGGAUUAUAGAGAAUUUAGGAUUUAAUGCUGUGCUGGUGAAGAAAGAUAGAUCUGCUAGUCACUUAGAUCACAAACAGGAGAUAAGGCAAUGGAAACGAUCCUUCCUCGUAAGCCUAAUUUUCUGCAUUCCUGUAAUGGGACUGAUGAUUUACAUGAUGGUUAUAGACAGCCAGAUGUCAUCCAUGCAUAAGGUUGCAAACAUGACCAAAGAAGAAAUGGAAACAUAUCAUUCAUCAAUGUUCUUAGAGCACCAGAUCCUUCCCGGCUUGUCUGUCAUGAAUUUGCUCUCCUUUCUGUUGUGUGUCCCUGUGCAGUUAUUUGGUGGCUGGUAUUUCUACAUCCAAGCUUACAAAGCACUGAAGCAUAAGACUGCCAAUAUGGAUGUGCUGAUCGUUUUGGCAACCACCAUUGCGUUUGCCUACUCCUUUGUUAUUCUUUUGGUUGCAAUGGUUGAGAGGGCAAAAGUCAACCCUGUGACUUUCUUUGACACACCACCCAUGCUCUUUGUAUUUAUUGCAUUGGGGCGAUGGCUGGAGCACGUGGCCAAGGGUAAAACAUCAGAAGCCCUUGCAAAACUAAUUUCACUACAAGCAACAGAAGCAACUAUUGUUACUUUAGGCCCAGACAACAUCCUCUUGAGUGAAGAGCAAGUUGAUGUUGAGCUGGUUCAGCGGGGUGACAUUGUCAAAGUGAUUCCAGGAGGCAAGUUUCCAGUGGACGGCCGUGUUAUUGAGGGACAUUCUAUGGUGGACGAAUCACUCAUCACAGGUGAAGCUAUGCCUGUGACUAAAAAACCCGGCAGUACAGUCAUUGCAGGCUCUAUUAACCAGAAUGGAUCACUGCUGAUCUCUGCAACCCAUGUUGGAUGCGACACUACUCUCUCCCAAAUUGUCAAACUUGUGGAAGAAGCACAGACAUCCAAGGCUCCAAUUCAGCAGUUUGCAGACAAACUUAGCGGCUACUUCGUUCCAUUUAUUGUUGGUGUUUCUGUGCUUACACUUUUUGCCUGGAUAGUGAUCGGAUUUGUUGAUUUUGAAAUUGUGGAAACCUAUUUUCUUGGGUACAAUAAGAGCAUUUCCAAAGAUGAAGUGAUAAUCCGCUUUGCUUUCCAAGCCUCCAUUACAGUGCUUUGUAUUGCUUGCCCUUGUUCUUUGGGGCUAGCAACCCCAACAGCUGUGAUGGUGGGUACUGGUGUAGGAGCACAAAAUGGCAUCUUGAUCAAAGGUGGAGAACCUCUAGAGAUGGCUCACAAGGUUAAGGUUGUGGUAUUUGAUAAGACAGGGACCAUCACUCAUGGAACUCCAGUGGUGAUGCAAGUGAAGAUCCUAGUGGAGAGUAACCGGAUGCCACGCAAUAAGAUUUUGGCACUAGUGGGAACCGCUGAGAGCAACAGUGAGCACCCCCUGGGAGCAGCUAUUACCAGAUACUGCAAACAGGAAUUGGACACAGACACCCUUGGAACUUGUACUGAUUUUCAAGUAGUCCCUGGCUGUGGCAUUAGCUGUAAAGUCACCAAUAUUGAAGCCCUGCUGUGCAGCAGGAGUGAGACCAUGGAAGAAAACAAUGUCAGGAAUUCAGCCCUUGUGAAAAUGGAUGAGAAGAUUGAGGAAAUUAUGCAUCCCGCCUUGAUUAUUGAUGAGCAGUUGCCAGCUACUUGGGGUUCCCAAAAGUAUUCUAUUCUAAUUGGAAACCGGGAGUGGAUGUCGAGAAAUGGUCUGCUUGUCAGAAAUGAAGUUGAUAAUGCCAUGAUUGAGCACGAACGUCGAGGUCGCACUGCUGUUCUUGUGGCUGUGGAUGGAGAACUCUGUGGCUUGGUAGCUAUUGCUGAUACGGUGAAACCUGAAGCAGAGCUGGCAGUCCGUACUUUGAAGGCUAUGGGUUUAGAAGUUGUUCUGAUGACUGGUGAUAACAGCAAAACAGCCAGGUCUAUUGCCUCUCAGGUUGGCAUCACUAAAGUGUUUGCUGAAGUCCUUCCCUCCCACAAGGUUGCCAAAGUAAAGCAACUGCAGGAAGAAGGGAAACGGGUAGCAAUGGUGGGGGAUGGGAUCAAUGAUUCCCCUGCUCUUGCCAUGGCUGAUGUUGGAAUUGCCAUUGGCACAGGCACAGAUGUGGCCAUUGAGGCAGCAGAUGUGGUUUUGAUUAGGAAUGAUUUGCUGGAUGUGGUGGCAAGCAUAGAUUUAUCACGGAAGACUGUUAAAAGGAUACGAAUCAACUUUGUCUUUGCUCUCAUUUACAAUCUUGUCGGAGUUCCUGUAGCUGCUGGCGUCUUCCUUCCAGUUGGUUUGGUUCUGCAGCCUUGGAUGGGCUCUGCAGCAAUGGCUGCCUCUUCAGUCUCUGUUGUGUUGUCUUCUCUGCUGCUAAAAUUCUAUAAGAAACCUACCUGUGAGAAAUAUGAACGGCGUACCCAUGGCCAGAUGAGGCAGAAGAGCCCUUCCGAAAUCAGUGUCCACAUUGGAAUUGAUGAAACUGGACCAAGAUCCCCAAAGCUGAACCUCAUGGACCGAAUUGUCACUUACAGCCGAGCUUCCUUAAACUCCCUCUUCUCUGACAAGCGGUCCCUCAGCAGCAUAGUCCUCAGUGAGCCAGACAAGCACUCCCUUCUAGUUGUAGAUUCCCGGGAGGAAGACGACACAACUCUCUGAAAGAUUUUUUUUUGCUGAGAACUGGACUUGGUCUCUCUUCAUGCACUGAUCUAUUCUGGAGCUUGACCAGCUGCACUGUGUUUCCAAUCAUUUUGAAUUGGGUUUGAAUUGCUCAGUUGACCAGGGCAAUUCCAUCCCUAUCCCCCCCAAAAUCACUUCUAACUCAAGAGGUUGGCAGUUUCUGCAGUGCUUUGCCAGUAUUAGCAAGCCAGAGCUUAUCCAAAAUCAACACUCACAAGCCACAGUAUGCACUGGAAGGCAGUGCAGAACAAGAGACUGCUGAGCUGCUGGGAUCAUGAAAGGGCAGUCACCAGCACAUGGUUUCUAGGCCAUGUCUUUGCAUGCAAUGCAACAUUUUUAUAGAACGUGAACAAGUAAGGAUAGAAACCAUGACUUCUUUUUCCCUUUCUUUUUUUGAAACACAGAUGUGCCUUAUUUUGUAACAGUUGUCUUCAUAAUUUCUUCCUAAUUUGCUAUGUGUAAAAUGGCAUUUUUCAGAAAACAUUGCAACACAGGUUUUUCCCAUGAUUUGAAAAAAAAAAUGAAACAAUUUCUGUUAUUUGUUUCUCCUCCCCAUCCCAGCUGCAGAGCUAUAGACAAUUUAGUGCACUCACCCGAAGCUACUAGUGAGAACGGUGCUUUCAAGUGUAUAGAGGAGCUCCACUCUUGCCACAGCCACUGCCACACAAAGAAUUGAGGAGUCAGGGCCAUGCCUUGUGAUGUUUUUCAUUACUCAGAGGUCUAUGUCUUUGUAACUUCAUAAAGAUGGAGUGGCUCAGUCGGCAGAGCAGGAGACUCUUAAUCUCAGGGUCAUGGGUUCAAGCCCCAUGUUGGGCAAAAAUAUUCCUGCAUUGCAGCAGGUUGGACUAGGUGUCCUUCACGGUUCCUUCCAAUUCUGUGAUUCUAUGAUCUGAGAUGUAUGCUGGUGAGUAGGUAGAUGUUUGAGACUGCAGAGUUUUAAAAGAGGUGUUUUCCUCCAGCGCUUCAGGGAGCUCCCCUUCUUGCAUUCUGAGUAUGUUUUUUUUUUGUUUAGGUUUUUUUUAAAGGCUCCUGAGCAUUCUUUAUUUAUUUAUUUCGUCUUGGAACUUUUCAUUUAUUUUCCAUUUUGCUCAGCUAAAAAUUGUCAUGGUUGUCACAAUGCUACCCCUACAGUUACAGCUAUGCUGGAUUGGGUCUGUCGGGAGUUUUGCAGUUCAGAACCUCUUGAGGGCAUAAGGGUUGGGAAGGCAGUACUAAGCCAAAAUGCGGGUUCUGCAUUGAUGGGAAGCUAUUGUUUUGUCUCCCUACACCACAGAGUUUAAAAUACAUUUGCUAUAUUAUUUAACUUAUAGAGAGAGAUUGGCGCUAGGUUUGCCCAGGUUUCUCACCAUGUUUAACAGUUCAGCAGGUCUUAGAUUGUAACCCUUGGCAGUGAAUAUUGCCUUGUUGAUGUUUGAACAGCGGUUGGAGACAUACAUUGUAGAGUCCUUUAACCUGAUAAUAGAGGCAUUUUUAUGGUGUUUAAAAUAGCGAGAGAGAGGACCACGUUUCAGAAAACACCAGGGCUCUUGUUCUUGACCUGCAGGGGCAUUAAUGCACAAGUUUUAGUCAUCAUUAAUCCCAUUCCUAAAGCCAUACUUAGGGGGGAAAUGAAGCCAAACUGCAGCUGUUUCACUCUCACCCCAAGUCAUGAUGGGAUAAUAAGAGUGCAGAAAGUAUAUCAGGGAAAGUCCACUGCCAGGGAGUAAGUCAUCAUAUGACUCAGAAUCCUGACCCUCUCUGGCACACAUCCUGUGCAGGUCUGUCCCACAUUCAGGAAUCAUGGACUUUGCCAGCCCGCACCAGCCCUUUGUGCUUGGCAGUUAUGUGGCCACUCAUCCUCUGUAGCCUCAGUUUGGCUCAAGAGACUGGGUUUUCCAAAAAAGGGAGUGGGGCUGCCUACAAAGGAAAAGCAAGGGCCAAGGGCCUCUUCCUUUCCUCUGGCAUGUUAGAUGCCAGUGUGGGGUCCUGUGCUGGCCAUCAAACACCACUGGCAAGAGUGGUGAAAAAAUAUGUGUAUUUGGAACUAAGUAAAUGGUGUGCUUUAAACAUCUUUAAACUAGAAAUGUUUGUAAGACUGCAGCUUAACUGACCAUAGAACACCAUAUUGACUAACCCAAUAGUGGCUGGAAAGCUCAAUGAAAUAUUUUCACAAUCAUGUUGUGUUUCAAAAUAGUAAUAAUUAUGGAAGGGUAUUGGGGGGUGUUAAAGAAAACAGCUUUUGAUGUUUGAUCUGUGUGAAACAGAAAUCUUGGAAAUUUAUUUUUCUGCAUCUCACAGUUCUGCCCUUGAAGUUAUAUUCUCCCCUCCCUUGUAAUUUACACAAAGCAUGCUUGAAAUAUUUCUUUCUGAUGGAAUCAGGCUAUUCAAGCAGAGCUGGUGAUGGCUUCCCUCUGAGAAACAGAUAUUUUAAAAUUUUUAAUGGCAUGCCAAUCUGUGAGCCUUUACUUGCCUGAAUAAAUAUCCACUUUACUUGCUCUGUAGUUUCAUUGCCCGUUAAGCCUGCAGUGAAGAGCCAUUAAUUUCCUGUCCUGCCACCUCAAGAAAAUCUGACCCAUAUGAUAGCUCAGUUUAGUUCCUGUUCGUUACCUGAUAACUGGUAUUAUUCUAGAACAGGCAUACAUAGGCAAACUGGGCCCUCCAGAUGUUUUGGGACUACAACUCCCAUCAUCCCUGACCACUGUUCCUGUUAGCUAGGAAUGAUGGGAGUUGUAGUCCCAAAACAUCUGGAGGGCCCAGUUUGCUUAUGCCUGUUCUGGAAGUAUUACAGUUUUCUUCCUUUGGAGCAAGGGUUAUAUGUCAAGGCUUGUAUUGAAAGGGUUGAUAUCUAAGUCAAAUUCUAGCUAGGGAGAAACCAGAGAAUUGGUGUGGAGGACCACACAGUCGGGUCUGUAUCACUUAGUUGAUGGUGGAUGUUUUUUGUUUUUUGAGGCUGAACAAAUCUGCACUUGCCCCUUUCCAAAAAUAUUUGUGACAUGUUUUGAUGAAACAUUUACAGGAUUUCAGCUGUCACAUUGCUUUGAUCAUUCACAAGAUAGGUUGUGGGAGUAGGUGCUAUCUUUUGGCAGGAGACAAGCUACAGUGGAACCUCGGUUUAUGAACACCUCGGUUUACGAAUUUUUGGUUUACGAACGCCGCGGACCCAUCUGGAACGGAUUAAUUCACUUUCCAUUACUUUCAAUGGGAAAGUUCACUUCCGUUUAUGAACCCUUCAGUUUAUGAACAGACUUCCGGAACCAAUUACACCCAUGGUUCGGGUUAAGUACGCUUCAUUUUGAGUACUCCGCGGACCCAUCUGGAACGGAUUAAUCCACUUUCCAUUACUUUCAAUGGGAAAGUUCGCUUCAGUUUAUGAACGCUUCAGGUUGAGUACUCUGCGGACCGUCUCGAACAGAUUAAUCCACUUUCCAUUACUUUCAAUGGGAAAGUUCACUUCAGUUUCUGAACGCUUCAGUUUAUGAACAGACUUCCGGAACCAAUUGUGUUCAUAAACCGAGGUACCACUGUACUAGCAUUUGCCAUUCAUGAUCAUAAGUCAUAACAAUCUUCCAGUCUUCUCUGUGUCUCUUGUGGCAGAAAAUAGAAGGUGGAAUCCAUAAUGUUUCAGUGCCAGCUGUUAGAUUUGGUUUCCUCUCUAUCCUCUUAAGGGCUAGUGGCCAAAAAAUAGGAUAUUGUAUUUUAGUUUAGUGGCUUUCUUACAGAAAAGAUCUGAAAGAGGGUGUGUUUUAUCUUCUUUCUUCUCUGUCUUUAUCUUUCAUCUUUUUCUUCUUUUGGUUUCCUUUGGUUUCCUUUGCUCUGGGACAUUAUUGGGGUCUAAGGAUUACAUACUCACGAAGGUAGUGGAUAAUUGGUGGAAGGAUCCUGGGUGAGAGGCAGGGAAAGGAAGACCUCUCAGGGUUAGAGACUGGGAGAAGAAAGGAAAGCUCCCAGGUGGGAGCUGGGAGGGUUCACUACUUCCUAUGUGAGACAAAGGUUACAAGCUGCCCUUGACAGAGGACUCUGCUUUCUUUUCUCUUCAUCUGCUUUUUUUUAAAGUUUCUUUUAUCUAGUAUUAUGAAAAAGCUUUAAUAAAAUCUAAUUUUUUUAAAAAUGAAAGAGGACCCAAAGGCAUGGUUUCCUCAGCAGCAGAGCGAGUGUUUAGCUUUUACCUACAUUGUAGGGGGUCCCUUGGGGUCGCUUCCAACUCUACAAUUCUAUGAUUCUAUGGUGGUUUGAAAUGUACUGCUAUUACAUACUUGAUGCAGAAGCCCACCCAGUGUGUCUUCCCUUUCUAUGUGUGAUUUGCUAAACUUUUUUUGAAUGUUCAUCUUGAUGCUUUGUGAAUAAUAGCUUAUACUUGGCUUUAAUUCAAAGAACCAAAAAUACUUUACUGUCUUGACUGUACAGUGUUCUGAUAAAAUGUCUUCUUCUUUCUUCUUUGGCGAUCACUCGUAGCCGAGUAAGAUUAUCUUCAAUUUACACAGUUUUAACAGUGAGUCUGAAAGUGACUCUGCAGGCCAAUUCUGGAUCCACACAUCCUUCCACAGUGGGGACAUAGGUUUUCGGGUGGGAGUUGAUCAAUGUGUGGCUUUGCCAAGCAUGCCUUCCUCAUAGCACAUUUUUCCCUUUCAUCCUGAGUUCGAGCAUCUUCAAAGUCCAUGAAACCUUUGGUAAAGGCUGUUCUCAAAUAGGAGCGCUCGCAGGCCAGUGUUUCCCAGUUGUCGGUGUUUAUACUACAUUUUUAAAGAUUUGCCUUGAGAGAAUCUUUAAACCUCUUUUGUUGACCACCGACAUUAUGCUUUCCAUUUUUAAGUUUGGAAUAGAGUAAUUGCUUUGGAAGACAAUAAUGAGCUAUCUGCAAAACAUGACCAGUUCAACAAAGUUGAUGUUGAAGAAUCAUUGCUUCUUCCAGUGCGCUGGCAUUAGUUUGCCUGUCUUCCCAAGUGAUGUGUAAAACUUUUUGGAGACACCGUUGAUGGAAUCUUUCGAGGAGUUGGAGAUGGCGCUUAUAAGUGGGAUCUCCCCUCUCUCCCAGAUUUUUUUGAUUAGCUUGUGAAGUCGUUCAAUUCUGCCCACUUUGAAGACUUUGGCAGGUAUCCCAUCAGGUCCGCUGGCUUCGUUGUUUUUCAUUUGGUUAGUAGCUGUACACGACUCUCCCAGAUUUGGAGAUACUGCAAGCUCAUCUCUAAUUUGUUUUUGUGGAAUUUGUGAGAGGACCUCAGCAGCUAUGGGGGAGCUGUGGUUAAGGAGAUGUUGGUAAUGUUCUUUCCAGCGCAGUGCAAUAGCUUCUUUAUCUUUUAGAAGUGUGUUAGUGUCUGCUGAGCAUAGGGGGCAUAUGCCAUGAUUUAUUGGCCCAUAGAUAGUGUUUGUGGCUUUAAAGAAACUCUGUGCAUCAUGAGUGUCAGCUAAGUGCUGGAUCUCUUGAGCUUUUUUUAUCCAGGUGUUUUUUUAGUUUUCUGGUUCUUCUUUGAACCCCAGCCUUAGCGUUGGCAUAGGUUUUUUUUCCUUAGUGGCGCAGUUUCUAUCUCUUUGCCAGAUCUGAAAGGCCUUCCUUUUCUUGUCAAUCAUGACUUCAAUCUCACUGUCAUUCUCAUCAAACCAGUCCUGGUGUCCCUUGGUUUGGUAUCCAAUAAUUUGUUCACAGGGUGCAAUAAUGGAUGUUUUAAGCUUGGUCCAGUGUUCCUUGUUGUUAUCAGGGAACUCUGAAAAAAGAUGGUCCUUAAGAGUCAUUCGGAAGCAAUCCCGCUUAAUAGGAUCUUGAAGGACUUGAAUGUUCACUUUGCACCUUGGUUUCCUUCCUUGAAGCCUGCAUUGAGGUAUCUUAAUAGUCGUCGUGCAGCUUAUUAAUUGGUGCUCUGUCCAGCAGUUGUCGGAACUUGUCAUAGCUCUGGUAAGGAACACAUCACAGUGAUCUUCAGCUUGGACAAUUACGUAGUCUAAGACAAUGAUGGCGAACCUUUUAUAGACCGAGUGCCCAAACUGCAACCCAAAACCCACUUAUUUAUCACAAAGUGCCAGAAUGGCAAUUUAACCUAUAUAUCUCAUUUUUUCUGUGUGUUUCAUGUUUCUUCUUUAUGACUGCUGUUGUAAUAAAUAAUCCUUCAUAAAAGUUAUUGCAUUACAUUCUUCAUUAAUUUUUUUUCCAUUGAUAUAUAAUUUUAUGGUAUAACUCAGUGCUAUUUUUCUUAAAAAAUGAUUUCUCAAGAAAAUCACCACCGGGGGCGGGGGGAUUAAUACAGUUCAAAUUGGGAAAAAUAAAUACAGUGGUACCUCAGUUUUCGAACAGCUUAGUUCUCGAAUUACUUGGAACCUGAACACUUCAAACCCGGAAAUGAGUGUUCCGGUUUUGGAACUUUUUUCGGAAGCUGAACAUGCUCUGUUCUGAGUAUAACUUCCAUUUUGAGUGCCACACUUCCAUUUUCCUAGUGAGGGAAGUUGGGCCGGGUGGCAAGCAAGCAGACACUUGCCACCCUCGAGCGCUGGGUCUCUCCACCGCUGCCACAACAGCUAUCACCCCCUCCUCCAGCUCUGGUGCCCCGGGUGCUGAGUGAGGGAAGGCUGGGCCGGGGUGGCAAGCGAGCAGGCAAGUGAUGUCGCCACCACCCCCACACCCCAAGCCUGCUCCACUUCUGAGAGAUCCCCGCCUCCACUCCUGCUUGCAUGCAAGCCCUCUCCUCCUCCUCCUCCUCCUCCUCCUCCUCCUCCUCCUUCUUCCCCUCACCCCCAGCAUGGAAGCUCCAGCCCUGCUGGAGCGAUGGCACACAUGCCCUCUCUGGCACGCAUGCCAUAGGUUCGCCACCACUGGUCUAGAAGGGCCAGUGGUUCGACCAAGCGUUCCUCCAUGAUUUUUUUAAAACAAUUAUAUGUGCAAUACACGGCCAUGUUAGUAAUAACAAGGUUGUGUAGUGCACUUAUAGUCAAAAGUAAGAUUCUGUUCUGGUUGCGGAUGCCAGCUCCUUCUUUCCCAAUAGUCCCAGGCCACAGAUUGAAAUCUUGCCCAACUCUCACAUUAAAAUCACCCAGGAGGAUAAUUUUAUCCUCCUUAGGCAUCUCUGAUAGGACGGUAUCCAGCUGAGAGUAAAAUUUUUCUUUAAUGUCUUCAUCAGCAUCCAGUGUUGGUGCAUAAGUGCUUAGAGCAGUAGCCUGUUGGUUUUGGGUGAGUUUUUUUUCAAAGGGUUGAAAGUCGCUCAUUAAUGCCGGUAGGGACUUCUACAGGAGCUUCACAAGAUCGUUUUUUGACUUCAAAGCCUACUCCAUGUAUUCAACAAUCUUGUUCAGGUAGACCUUUCCAGAAGAAAGUGUAGCCUCCUUUUUUUCCUUCAGUUGUCCCUUGCCUGCUCUUCGAGUCUCUUGAAGCGCUGCAAUAUCAAUGUUAAAACGUUGCAGCUCUCUUGCAAUGAUGGCAGUUCUGCAUUUGAGAUGCUCAUUAUCUGUGUUAUCCAACAAAGUCCAUAUAUUCCAUUUUCCAAAGUUCAAUUGUCUUUUAUGACCUCUGGGUGGUGACCCCAUUGGGUGCGAUAAUCCAGUCAGGGAAAAAGGAGGGUAGACUAUGUCUAGGGCACCUUUUCUAGCCUCUCCCCCUUUUCAGGGUGAGCAGAGUGUAUCCUAAUUAGGGUUGCUCAACUGAAUCUGUAGCCACUGCUCAUGUGCUGGUUCAUGACUAGGGGCUCCCCGUUACCAUUUGCCGAUCACCCUGGGACUUUUUGGGUUUGAAAUUGGUUUUUGACAGAUGCCUGUGCGUGAAUUCAUUUUAGGUGUAUAGAUCAGUGCACAUUGAACAACGCACAAUAUUUGCAGUAAGGCGCUAUUCCGAUGGCAUGAGCAUCACAAUGACUGAUAGAUUCUUAUCUGCUGCAGCGUUCAUCCACCUUCACAGCCGUUGUAACAUGCCACUUGUUAUCAUCCGCCUGUUCUGCCAUUGAGGAGUUCUUUGGGUCAUUCUUUGUCCAGCUCCUCCCCUUUGACCUUACCGCCUUGGGUGACCCUACUGAGAGUACAAGGCUUCCAACAGCUUCUCUCACAAGGGUCAUAGGAAUGUGCAAGCCCACUCACCACGGCAAGGUGAUGAUCUAGCGAGUGAGUCCGAUAAAAUAUACUCUGGGUGUAAAUAAGAUUUGUUUCCUGUCUUGAGCACAUUUCAUUUAUUGGCAGUUUUAUGUUAACUCGUGUGUGUUAAAAUAUCAAAAAAGCUAUUUUUAAAAAGCUGCAGAAAAAGCUAUGCAUUUACAUUUAAUUUGAUUUAUUUAUUGUUCUUCUCCACUGUUAGGCAAGAUGUUCUGCUGUCUUCUUCAUUUAAAUUACUAGCCAAAAAGUAAAUCCAGACAUAAAUGCAAGUCGGGGCUUCCCUUUCCUCUAAAUCACAUUUGGCUGGCUGGCAAACUGAAUGCUGAUUUAAUUAUCUGUCUUGUCCUUCCUUCCCUGUUUUGCCAAGUUGGAUGCAUACCUUGUUAGUUGUUUAAAGCACUACGUGUACAUUUAUUCAGUUAAAUGUACACCCAUCUCUCUCUUUUUUUAGGUGUGUCUGUUAAAAGCAAUUAGGUAAAGGUAAAGGGACCCCUGAUCAUUAGGUCCAGUCACGGACGAUUCUGGGGUUGCAGUGCUCAUCUCACUUUAUUGGCCGAGGGAGCUGGUGUACAGCUUCCGUAAGAUUACGGAAAAUUGUUUUCUUAAAAAAUGAAAAACUGCUUUCAGAUAAGAGUUGGGUUGGUGAUGUCACUGGUUUAUAUCCAUCUGCUGCAAAUAUGCAGUAUUGAUGGGCUUGCCAACCUUUUCAGACCUAGGACCGACUUCUAACCCAAACAUUAAUUUGGGGAUCCAUUUCUUAAUCUUUUGCCAUAUUUUUUUGCAUGGUGGUAGUGCUCCUGUUGAAACCCUUAUUGGAUUGGGCACUAACCACUAACAGGUCCUAACCUACCAGUUGAAGGCCAGUGGUCUAGGAGGCAAGGUACAAAAUGCAGUGAGUGCAAUUCCAUUGGUGGUUCAAUGCUCACAUGAUGUGUGUAUGUGUACCCCUGCAACUGGGCAGAUGGUUGAAUCUUACAUAGCAUUUUCCCACUGCUUUUUUUUUUUUAA